AUGCGUAACUGCAUCUUUGCGGUCUUAGACGCGGCUUUGCUGCUCCUCUGGGCCGCCUCUUGUUUGGGUCGGCUACCGCCCGGAGUCCUUGCCAUAAAUCGACCUAACGCUGUCGCUACGCUUGGCUCGGAGGCUGCCACGCCAAAGAAUACCGAAGUCGAGCACGUUGAGGAGGCUGAGAUAGGGCAAUCCCAAGGCGUUCAUAGCCUGGAUGAUGAGAUUCGGAACCAUGAGAUGCUCGAUUUGGGUAGACAAGAGGACUUCUAUCUGCCUAAAAACGGAGGUGGAUGCGAUGUGCUUUUGGAUGACGUUAUCUACGUAGCCCUUGAGCCGCGGGACAUGUUAAAGACACAGCAAUUCGUAGGCAGCAUUACUCCCUCAGAAUUACGUUUGUACAUCCCUGAUCGCAAAAAAACAAAUGCUGAUGCCAAGAAAUUGGGUAAACUGUUUGCGCGUUUCUCACUAGGGGCGAUCGUGACCCCGCUGGAGACCCUGCGAUCAUCUCGCGACUGCUUCCGCAUGUUCUACAAGUCGGAUCCUAUCCUUUUCUGCGCUCGUGACACCAGCCAUAGGGACUUUUGGAUGCACGCCUUGCUGAAGGCCAAGUUCUGUCACACAGCUCACACCGUACUGGGCAAGGGUGCCGCCCCUGAGGUAGCUGCGGGGCCGGCGGAGCUGCCCGAUCUCUCAACCAAGGCGCAGCGGUUAUACGACCUGCUGCACCCGAAAAGCUCCACAGAAGAGGCAGCCGUCGCCGCCCACCGUGACAGCAAGAUUACGAAUAUAGACAUCACCAACAUUAACUCCGGGGAGCCACAGAUAUAUCUCAACGGGGAGGAGGUGAAAUCCGAGGAGCCACCGAAGGAACAAGAGGCUUUGCUAAAGGAGCAGAGCGAACGAUCGCAAAACGACGGGCUCUGA